AUAGAGAUAUUAUUUUGUGUUAGAUAGCGUUAUUGUGUAGAUAUUCGUUGUAUAAUUUAAUUAUUUUUUUAGUUUAUCUAAUACGCGACCCUCGACGGCGGAUAGCACCAUGGAGUCCCCACGGAAAUUCAACGAUUGCUAUUUUUACUAUUACUCCACAUGCACGAAGGGAGACAACUGUGUAUUCCGCCAUGAACCGUCAGCGCUGGGCUGCGAGACGAUGUGCACAGCUUGGCAGCAGGGCAAGUGCCUGGAUAAACGCUGCAAACUACGUCACAUGGAACUGAGGAAAAACCGCAAGCAGAUCCCAUGCUACUGGGAGAACCAGCCGGGCGGGUGUCGCAAGAUCCACUGUCCGUUCAUGCACAAGAACCCGGACGCGCGCACGGACGGUAUCGCGCCCAGUCAGCCGGCGCCGCCCCAACCCGUGAGACAACAAAUACAUUACACGCAAUACACGGCUUGUAACCAAUACCAGCAAGUGGCGAACGCGGUGAGCGUGCCGGAGCCGGUCGCCGAGCAGCCGCCCAUGGGCGGGGUGGCGCCGCCCGUGCCUGCGCCCGCGCCCGUGCCCUUGCUGUGGCAGCAACAGCGCCAAGCAGUGGUGCUGGACUCCGCCAUCCUAGGCGUGCUGCCAGCUUCCAGCGAGCUCCUGUCCGGGCGGCGCGUGCUGCCGCCGCACGCGCACGAGCAGCCCGCCAACCCCUACGCGCCCAUGCCCGUCGACCCUCUCGUUGUCAACUUCGAAGAAGAGUCGGAUAAUGAAAGCGCACCCUCGUCCACGCCCACUAAGACCGCGUCGCCCGACCGCGCCAACAGAGUCGCGCGGAGCAAGUCGCACGAGCUGUUGCUCCUAGAGAGGAUACAGGCCGAGGCCGCCGCCUUCUACAGCUACGAGCCCGCCGACCCCGAGCGCAAGCCGCGCGUCUGUCUGCAGGCCAAGUACGAGCGCGUCUCGCUCGACGAGCUGGCCGGCAAGCCCAGCGACAAGCGCCCCGACCUCGACUUCAAGGUGCUCUCCCUCGACGAAAUCAGAGCGCGGAAAAAAAAUGAAACCAUCAUACACACCAAACCCAUCACACUCAACCUCAGCAGAAAAAGAAAGCUAUCUACACACGAAACUAUUACAACGUCGGGCAACAAAAUACUCAAAGUUGUUAGGAGUAACUCUAUUGUUUAUAAGAAACUCGAUCAAAAUGUUCCCGCGGCUUCUAACCAAAGUAAAGUUGAUCAGAAAGCUGCAGAUAAUGCUAAUGAAAGGAAACGUACACUAUCAGAACAGAGUGAUAUCUAUGAGAUACAAGAAGAUGAAUUGGUCGACAAUUGUUUUGAAUUUAAACGAAUAAAGCUAAUGGAACAAACAUCCAAGCCUAGGCUAAUAAGAAACAGGCUGUCUAGCUUAAAUAAAAGUUCAGACGAACCAAAGUACGAUGAUCUAGACUUUAAUAAAACAGACAACGAUUCUGACCCAGAAGUACAAAUUGUUAGCGUAGAACUAAAUGAGAUUAAUUCUGUAGACUUAGAUAAGGUAGAUUCUGAUAGUGAAAUAAUAGAUGUAGAAACAACUAGACUAGGUGAUUCUAUAGAAGUUGUUGAUCUUAGUGAAGAUCAAGACGAAAGUGAUAUUACUGCGUCAGAUCUCGAUUUAGACUUGAGUAAAAAUGUUCCUGAUGUUGUAGCCAGUUGUCACAAACAAAUGAAUAGACUAGACAACUCAGAUAAAAAUAUUUUGAACGAUAUCGACAGUCUGUUGAAUGACGAGUUAUGAUUCUCAUUGUUUUAGUAAGUAGGUGUUAAAGUUUAAGUGAAGAUGUUCGUACAAAGGUUUCCUGUUUAUUAUGCAUCAGCAAUAGGUAUGUUAGGUUUAUCAAAGAUCUACAGUAAGUAGUUAAUUAUUAAUUGACAAGCAAUACGUAUGUGACUUACUUUUACUUAGGAGAACUACAAAGUAUUGAAUUUGUUUUCAUACUGUAAACUGUUAAAAGCUUUAAUUGAUUUAUUUGAGAUAUUACAAUGAUUUUGCUAGA